AUAUAGAAAAAAAAUGGAUUCGAGAAAGGAAAUGAACAACAUGGAGAAGGCAACUAGGACUCCAAAAGACCGCCAUCUGAAAGUUGGAGGUCGUGAUCGUCGCAUCCGUCUUCCGCCGAGUGUUGCUCCCAAACUAUUCAGUUUGACAGAUGAACUCGGCUUCCAAAGCGAUGGCGAAACCGUCGGUUGGUUCCUUCGAAAUGCCGAGCCAGCUAUUUUUGCCGCCACGGGCCACGGCGUCAGCACCACCCCAAAUGAUUUUAUCCACUCAUCUGAUAAGAAUUUUCAUAAUUACUAUUUUAACUGUGGUAACUUCAGCAACACCAUUAAUGGUAACUGCAGCUACACCAUCAAUGGUAACAACACCAUUAAUGGUACCAUUGAUGGUGAUAAUUGGACGGUUCAUCAUGAGAUGGUCUUUCCGGUCGGUAUGUUUGGAGUGAGUAAUGAUUGGAGACUUCGUUCGGUUAUGGUUGAUCUUCGUUUGGUUGCUGUUUGCAUUAUUUUUUCUUUUUCCUUCAUGUUUUUCAGUUUGGAGUGA